AUGGAAUCGACCGACAUCCCUAUUUGGGGACCAAUGUCCCCUUUGUCUUCUAUCGUAUCCAGCCUUGACGACUUGACCCCCGCCGACAGCGACAUUGCUAGUGAUGCCGACAGCGACGCCGAAGUCCAGAAAGGCAAAAGUACCAGCAAAGAUGUCGAUAGCCAGGUCAACAGUGAAGGCACGGUAGAAUGGCUCGCCACGACUCGAGAGCGCCGUUCUACUGCUGGCAAUCGAAUGAAAUCAAUGCUUGCCAACGAGGAGCCCGAUUCCGACCUUGAACUACUAUUUGCCGAAGACGAGAACGACCAGGGCUUUUCUGAAGUUGAUGAGAAUGGCUCCGAUGUACAAAUGGAUUCUUCAGACGACGAAGACGACAAUGGCAACAAUGACGAUGAUCUCGAGGGAGAGAAGGAGUUAGAAAAGCAGGCAAAGGAGCGUCGUUCUGUUCAGCGCAAGCGAAAAGCCCAAGAAGCCAUUCCCGCCAAGUUCCGCAAGAAAGUCCGAAUCGAUCCCACGACCAGAACGCCAGCAGCGCCCAUGAGACCUGCACCGCGACCAAAGAAGAAAUCCGAGCGCACUUCAUGGUUACCUUCAGCCGCCGACCUACCGACUCGAGCCUCGUCCCGUCAAACGACACGUCUAUCAAAGGAGCAACUCCAUCAGCAAAUGGUGGAACGAGAGGAGCGCCGGAUAAAACAGCUAGCUCAGAUGCAGAAGAAGGCGGCCAAGCUAGAGGCGAUGAAGAAACCACCGAUGACGCAGGAAGAGAGGCUCCGAGAGGCAGCCAUCGUCGAGAAACGAAACAGCAAAAGUCUAAACCGGUGGGAAGAAGCCGAGAAGCAACGCGAAGAGGAACGUCGAGCAAAAUUGGCUGCUCUUCACAACAGAACCCUGAAGGGCCCCGUAAUAACUUUCUGGAGUGGUAUCGGAGAGUGGAUGGGAAGGCAUAUGGUGAUCGAGGAACCUGCGAAGGAGAAGAGAAAGAGGGGCGAAAAGGCGAAGGGUAAAGAUAUGGAAAAGGCGGCCACUGUGGAAGAACAAAAACCGAAAGUUCAAACUGCUCUUGGUGACGCUACUUCGAAUACCAAGGAACAGCUGGCGCAAAGUCAACCGCCAGUGACAGCUUCGCCCGCACCACCUGUAGCGUCAGAAUCAAAAGAAACCAAAGCAUCUGGUCCGAUCAAAGGCGACGACUGUAUCUCAAAGCCUCAAGAUUCGUCUUCAACAGCAAAAGAUGGCACUACUAUGCUCAAGACUGAAGAUGCCAACCCUUCUUUGGCAAUGCCUCCGCCGCCUCACCCACCGCCUACACCUCCCAAUGGUCUGGCUGCUCCAACUCUUCCACCCUCGAAAAUCAUAUCACCACUGAGCCCUCCUGCGAGUGGCCUCGCUGCACCGUCUCCACCUCCUCCUACACCAGUCGGUUCAACGACAACAAUCUCCUUUGCCGCUCCUACAGCAGGACUAUCUCGUCCGCCAGAUUCCAAACCGUCCGGGGUUCUUGCGGCUCCUAUACUCGCUCCGCCCCUAGGCAUCGGCGGUAACGGAGCUGUACCUCCAAUGAUGGGUUUCGGCAACCCUAAAUCUAAUGUUCUUGCACCCCCAAAUACAUCACAAAGUGCCAUGCCGCCUACUUUAUCUGCUACCGCCCCCACCAAGAAUGCUUCAUCUACUAUUCCUAGUUCUCAAGCAAACCCUUCGACAACAGCUACACCAGCAUCCUCUACGACAAACCUUCAGCCAACUGUCAACUCUUCUACUCUCCAGGUUACAUCCUCUACUCCCAACAACUCUAAUAUAGCUCAAGCUCCCGAAUCCCAACCUCAACCGUCAACCGGAGCCCGAAAUGCUAUAGUAUUUCAAAGUUUUGACGAAAACGCCCUCAAGGAUCGUAGCAUCCAAACCCAGGUCAUCUUUGGCCGCAAGAUGAAUAGGCUCUCCAAACCUUCCCCUGCGCCUCUUUGCGCCAUCACAAACCAUCCUGCUCGGUAUUGUGAUCCACGUACUGGUCUCCACUACUACAACGCCUACGCGUACCAAGAGAUUCAACGCCUCACCCGCGGAGAGUACCAGUGGAGCCAUAUUCUGGAUGCAUGGGUUGGCUGCGGGACAUAUGCUGCGAGAGGCGUCCCUGAACGUUUCUUGAACCCUGACGCGAAAGGGCCUGAGAAGAAACCGAUCUCGCAUGAGGGCGUCAAACAAAAUGAGGCCACCAUUGAUACCCAGAACCGAAGCCCUGGGAUCAAGGCCCCUGAGGCAACAUCGGAAAUCCGAACUUCUGGUGAGAAGAUGACCGGGAUUGGACAAGGGUCCUCCACACCACCAAAUAUAGAGCCCAGCAAGGCUACGCAACCCAGUACGGCGUCACCGGCAGUCAUCGGAUCUGCAAAUGCCACUAAUCCAGCGGCCGCAACAAACCCUACUCCAGUUCUGACAAACUCUACCACAAUCGAUCCAUAA